AUGGCGACACCUCAACCUCCUCCUGCUCUUGCCCAAUACUUGCAAGAAUAUGAAUUCAGCCAAGAAAACAGAGACUUUAUACCCUCUCUACCAACAGAAAAAGGUUGGGUUGCAAACCACCUUCAUCAGUACCAAGGUUUUUGGCAUGCAACUAGGCACAUGCAUGGAGUUUUAGCAUGCCAGAAACACUUCCAGGCCCUAGACACUGAUAUCCUUCUUGUUAGCCCUCCCAAAUCAGGCAUCACUUGGCUCAAGGCAGUUCUGUUUGCCCUAGUGAAAAGGGUGCACUAUCCAGACCCUCAACAACACCCUCUGCUCACAAACAACCCUCAUGUUCUUGUGCCCUUCUUGGAGCUUAAUGUUGUUUACUUGUGUAGAGAUCCUAAGGACACAUUUGUUUCUCUUUGGCACUUCGCCAACAAAUUGAGAGCCAAAAGUAGGGGCACCAUUUCACUUGAAGAAGCGUUUGAUAAGUUCUGCAAAGGAGUGAGCUUGGAUGGGCCCCUUUGGGAUCAUGUGUUGGGGUAUUGGAAGGAGAGUUUGGAAAGGCCUGAAAAGGUAAUGUGCUUCAAGUUUGAGGAAAUGAAAGAAGAGCCCACUCUUCACUUGAGGAGGUUAGCUGAGUCCUUAGGGUGCCCAUUUUCUGCAGAGGAAGAGACACAAGGAGUUGCAGAUGAUAUCUUAAGGUUGUGUAGUUUUGACAACUUGAGCAAUUUGGAUGUGAAUAAAAGUGGGAAAUUAUCAUCAGGUGAGGAGAAUAGUACAUUUUUCAGGAAAGGUGAGGUUGGAGAUUGGAUGAAUUAUCUAACAGCUGAAAUGGUGGAGAGACUAGAUUGCAUCAAUGAAGAGAAGUUGCAAGGUUCUGGACUGAAAUUCUAG